AUGCAACCUUCAUCAGGACGAGGCAAGACGUUCCGCUGGCCGCGGCCCUGGAUGCCCUCGAUGGCCACGGAUGGAGAUCAGGCUGGUGACGGCGGUGCUGGAAGCCCGGGGGAUGACGGAGCCCAGGACGACACCUCGUCAAGAACACGCCCGCAGAAGCGUCAGGCCGCAGACACAGACCGUGCAGCUCGAUGCUUCCCCCGCAAGAGAGCACUCACGGCCUGUCAACUGUGCCGCGUGCGCAAGAUCAAGUGCAACAACGCACGGCCCGCCUGUCUGGCAUGUACCAGCGCAGGAGCCGAGUGCGUCUAUGGAGAUUCCAGAGAUCAUACCAGUUUUGAUCCUGCUAGCGUCUUAAUACUGGAGCGCUUAGACAAACUUGAUGCAGCUCUCGGUGCUCUGUCGUACUCUCAGCAGGCGUUUCUCUCGACUACGUCAAGUUUACGCCCAAGUCUUGGAGACGGUGUGAGUCUGACCCCUCAACCGACAGCAGACACAUUGCAUGGCUUGCCUAGCACGGCCCAAGACGACUGGCCCGUGGAUGGUGACCAAAGCGAGAAUGAUGAUGUUGAGUGGCUCAUGAACGCUCAAUCUGCCAUUGCCUUGGAUGCUGUUCUUCGCUGGCCCAUCUUCCAAGGACGCCAUCCACAAGAUGGCCUGAGAUCUGCCCUGGGCUCAAUAGUUCAUGACACUGCCUCCGGUUCCGACAGCGAAGAAGAUGUCUACGGCAACGACAACAGGGAUCAGAGGCAUAGACCAACCCGCGUUUCCAUUCGAGAGGACGCCAUCCCAGGGUUGGUUGAGAAAUUUCUGCUAUACGUCCAUAUCAAAAACCCCGUACUAGAUCACGACAAGCUACGAAAGUAUGCCAAAACCGUCCGGGAAGAAGGACCUGGAUGGGACGGCAAGUCCUGUCUUGUUCUGAUGGCGUGUGCUCUCGGAUGCAUAGCAAAGCCAUUCGAUAACCAAGACGACUUAGUGGCUCUUGCUGCUGGGGCGAACAGCACGUCGAGAUAUCCUGGCCAGCGGGAGCUGGCAGAGGUCUAUUACAAGAGCGCCUGCAGACGCCUUGGCAUGCUGGGCAUAUCGACAUUGACGUCGCAAUGCUACUUUCUUGCGGGCGUCUACUUGAUGUACACCUUCCGCCAGCUGGACGCGUGGCGGGCAUUUGUGCACGCCUCGAGCAAUCUGCAUGUCUACCUGCAGUUCAGGAGCAGCUCGGGACACGAUAGCCAGGCCGCGAGGCGAGUCAAGUCUCUGGAACAGCGGCUAUAUUGGUCUUGCUUCAAGAGUGAAUGCGAAGUUAGACUUGCUAUUGCGCUUCCGGGCUCGAGUCUUUCCAGUCUUCAAUAUCCCGAUCUCUUUCCCUCGCCGCCUCAGAGUAUGGACAGUCACCCAAGUAUGUCAUGGCGACCACUGCCUGACAUGACGCCCAGUAGUGAAGGUAGCCCAUGGGACGCCAACUCUUCAGCCUCACAGCGAUUUGAUGCGUCGCUGGAAGAACGAAGCUGGUACUAUUAUCUCACCGAAAUAGGGCUACGUCGCAUGAUCAACGGACUGCUGAAGGACUUGUAUAGCCACGAAAACUCUGCUUGGCUAGACAUGUCCAUCCUUGUCGUUGUACAGCGCGUCAAAGACUUUGACGCCGAGCUUUCUCAAUGGUUUGAAGGACUACCGGACUGUAUUCGGUAUGACCGGGAGAACAUUGAAAUGAUCCCGGCCGACGAGCUGCAAUAUUUUGUUCGCGCCCGCUACUUGGAAGUGCAAGCCUGGCUGUUUCGACCCAUUGUCUAUCUCGCAGCACACGGCUCCUCCGCGGAUGCUCACUCUUCCACCUUGAAUCCUCUCGUAGACCAGGCUGUAUUUUAUCACACUGUCAUCAUUGACCAGCAUUGCGUCCUUCAUCGGCACCACGGGACUUGGUUUAGCAUGCGUUCUACAGUCACCGCGGCCUUUGUUAUUAUUGCCGCGUUUAGGAGCGGUCAUUGCGGUAUGAGUUUCACAGAGAUGGAGGAGGUUAUAGCUCGAGCCAUUCGAUCCGUAAAAUUCUGGGAGAAUGAAUCCCAAGAUCUCGUUUCGGCGCGGACGCUGCUAGAGGCGGAGUUGUCACUGCUGCGGACGGAACAAUAG